AUGGAUAAAUUCUUGCUUGUUUUUGGCUUGAUCCUUCUCUUCUCAAGAACUCUGUGUGUUCCUACUCGCUGUUACCUUAGACCAGCCAGAAAAUAUGGGUGCCUUUCAGACAGAAACCUCUAUGUUUUCGGGGCGGUGUGGAAGAAUGAAGAUUGUUUCCAGUGCAGGUGUAAGAUGGGUGCAAUGACUUGCUGCAGCUUGGUUGUAAUCCCCAAGAAGUAUGAUAGGGUGAACUGUGUUGGCCUGUUCCACAAGAAAAGCUGCUCCAUUCGAGUGGUGAGGAAGACUAAUCCUGAGAUAGCUUGCAAAGUCUACAAUGGAGUUGGAUAAGACCACAAGAUGCAUUUCUCCUCUUUCACACCUACCCCAGAAGCUGAAGAUGCUCUGGAUCUCUCCUUUAGAGGAAAGCAGCAAGCAGCAUGGCUUCAAGAGAAAUGGGUUUGCCUCGUGCCUUUCACAGCUCUAAUUGUGCCAUAUCUAUCUCGUUUCUGACACUAGGUGGUUUGUCUUACACACAUUUCUAACCAAACUUUACCACAGGCUUUUUUCCUGUUGGGAUCCAGAGACAAAUAAAUUUUCACAUACACUGAAUCACUGUAGUCACUGACUGGUUUCCUUGAAAACAGAAGAAUUCAUGAUGUCUAUAAAUGUUUGUAAAUCUAAUUAUUGAUUUGGAAGUAAUCUAGCUUUUAAAGUAACAGGUACUAUAUAAAUUGUUGCCAGACACAGGGAUUCAUUAUGCUAUUACACUUAUUGACAUUCCCCAGAUGA